UUCCGUCAAUUGGGGCAUCGACGAACGAGAGAGCCGAAAGUUACACUAAACUCUGGCAGAGAUGCGGUCAUCUUGGAGAUCCGAUUGAAUAGCGGAAGAGCUCGGAAAAGCGGUUGGACUGAGCAUUAUAAAUAGAGGGCAACGUUGCAAAGGGAAAAUCAUCAAUUACCGGACCAAUUCUGGUUCGGCAGCAGAGGAAUACCAGUAGCAGCUUCAAUUCCGAUCGGCAGUGAACUAAUUUCGGGCGGCAGAAAUUCUGGUUUGGGCAAAUUCUGUUCGGCGUCGUGGAGAAUUUCUGAUCAGCGCAACAACAUCAACUCUAGAGAAAAUCAAUUUCGGCGCAACUGCAGCAGCUGGCAAUUGGCUUCUAAUUCUGAGCAUAUAUAACGGGAGCAGUCUCAUGCUGGAAGCUAAAGUGUGGAAAGAGGGAUGCAUACUUGGUCAGGAUUUAUGUUUUCAGUCAUCGACUCAAAAAAUAGGCUCCUGGGUGGUAAUGAUUCACAAAAGGGAAGAUGGGCAGGCCGCAGGCGGACGUAGGAGUGAGUGGGGUAGGUCCCUUCACAUUUUAGCCAUUUGUGAGUAGGGACUAGGGGUGGGGUCUGUAGAAUCCAAGAUUCCGCUUUAGCCGCCUGAGAACCCCUCACCUGCUUCGCUUCUUCAGCAGCGCACAGGAGAGUGGCUGACAGACGGCCUUCUCACUCUGCUGCUUCUCCAGAUAAAGUCCUAGGAGACCCACUGAUGUUUCUUCAAGCUUCAUGAGAAAGAUAUAGGAGGCUUGAUUGGUGAAACGACAGGUCGAAUGUGAAAGGAGUAAAAGACUUGAAGAAUCUCAACAUGCUUUUCUCAAUACAGCUCAAACCUUGCUUGUUGAAAUAUUCUAGCUUUUGUCGUGGAAAAAACAGAGUGCUCAUUAAAUCUACAAAGGGAAUAUUCGAUGAGGGUGCUGAUCCAUAUUUUCCUUUAUGUGUCAAAUCUAGAAGGCAGAAAAGUUUAGCUAUUUCGAUCAGGUCAAAAACUAGCCUUGAGAGUGAUAGUGAUUUGGAUGGUCAUGCUAAUCAUCAACAAUCUCAUGAAGCACCUAAGGAGAAAAGCUUCUUGGGUGCUGUUGCUUUAAUUGUUGGAACAGCUGUAGGGCCCGGUAUGCUGGGAUUACCUGCAGCGACUGUAAAAGCAGGUCAGUUGCCUGCAACUGUUGCCAUACUCUUCUCAUGGAUUUAUGUUGUUUCAUCAAUCAUUCUUGUUGCGGAGCUUAGCUUUGCAGCAAUGGAGGAAAAUGGAGCAGCUGAAGUCAGCUUCACUGACCUAGCAAACAAGGCAUUUGGAAGUGGUUUUGGCACUUUUGUUGCUUUAAUCUAUGCUUCGCUUAGUUUUGCUUUGUUGGUCUGCUGUGUCUCUGGCAUCGGUUCGCUCAUUUCUCAAUGGUUUCCCAAGUUAAAUCCAAUCGUGGCCAAUGCAUUAUUUCCAUCCGUUGUUGGAGCCGUUCUAAGUUUGUUGCCUUUCAAGGCUAUAGACGUGGCUAACAGGUUUCUCUGCAUCGUUAUGUUAUUCUCAAUUAGUGCACUAGUCACAGUUGGUGUGUUUGUUGGGGGGACCAACAUAUUAGGUUCCUUUGCAUAUGCCUCAUGGGCACCUUCCACCGUUUUGCCUGCGAUUCCUAUUGCUGUACUUACAAUGGGGUUUCAUGUCACUACUCCUUUUAUUUGCAAGAUUGCUGGGAAUACAGUCAAUGAGGCUCGAAAAGCUAUACUAGUUGGGGGUGCUAUUCCAUUAAUUAUGGUUCUGUCAUGGAAUUUGAUUGUUCUAGGGCUUGCUAGAACCGGGGCUUCUUCCUCAAUCACGGAUCCAAUCUCGCUCUUGCUCUCUGUUAACCCCUCUGCUUUGCCUGCAGUUCAAGGUUUCGCUCUCUCAGCCCUCGCAACUAGCCUCAUAGGCUAUGCUGUAAGUUUCCCCAAACAACUCAUUGACACCAUGGAGUUGAUACUUAAUACUACUGGCAAUCCAAUAAAGGCCCCUUCGGGUGAAGUUGGGAAAGUGGGCUUAGCCACCUUUAAUGGACAUUCGGGGAAGAUUUCGUAUUGUGGAAUCAAAUGCUAUGCUUCAGAGGCUGCACGGGAGACUGCUUCGGACUCGCUGCAAAGCAUAGUGAUGCCAAUUGUACUCGCGUUGCCAGUCCUUAUCGCAUCUUUCUUUCCCUCAAUGUUCUCUAGGGCUCUAAAUUUUGCCGGAACUUAUGCAAACUGCUUUCUAUUUGGCAUCCUUCCCCCCAUUAUGACUUUCAUCUUUCAGUCCAGGAGAAAACUAAGGCUAUCAAUCCUACCAGGCGGAGAUGGUACACUGCUUCUUCUCUUGGGCAUUUCUGUUAUACUAGCAGUUUGGCACUAGAUGGCUUGUGGGUUGUAAGGUUGUAUCAACAUAAACAGCUCUGGUCACCUACUAUUCUUAAUCCUUGUGCUCUGCUAGCUUCAAUAUUGCGGAGUAUUUCUUUAUUCUUGUGCUCUGCUACCUUCUAUAUUAUUACACUUAAUCCCCACUCCCGCCCUCAA